AUGGCAGUGAGAGCCAGUGACAGUGAGAUAGCGAGAGAAAACAAGAGAAAGAGCAAGAACGAGAGCAAGAACGAAAGCAAGAACGAGAGCAAGAUUGAGAGCAAGAUUGAGAUUAAUAUUGAGAGCAAGAACGAGAGCAAGAACGAAAGCAAGAACGAGAGCAAGAUUGAGAGCAAGAUUGAGAGUAAGAUUGAGAGCAAGAACGAGAGCAAGAACGAAAGCAAGAACGAGAGCAAGAUUGAGAGCAAGAUUGAGAGUAAGAUUGAGAGCAAGAACGAGAGCAAGAACGAGAGCAAGAUUGAGAGCAAGAUUGAGAGUAAGAUUGAGAGCAAGAACGAGAGCAAGAACGAAAGCAAGAUCGAGAGCCAGAUUGAGAGUAAGAUUGAGAGGAAGAACGAGAGCAAGAACGAGAGCAAGAACGAGAGCAAGAUUGAGAGCAAGAUUGAGACAAGAACGAGAGCUAGAUUGAGAACAAGAACGAGAAACGAGAGCAAGAACGAGAGCAAGAACGAGAGCAAGAUUGAGAACAAUAACGAGAGCAAGAACGAUAGCAAGAACGAGAGCAAGUUUGAGAACGAGAACGAGAGCAAGAACGAGAGCAAGAACGAGAGCAAGAUUGAAAGCAAGAACGAGAGCAGGAACGAGAGCAAGAACGAGAGCAAGAUUGAGAGCAAGAAAGAGAGCAAGAACGAGAGCAAGAAAGACAGCAAGAUUGAGAACAAGAACGAGAGCAAGAACGAGAGCAAGAACGAGAGCAAAAACGAGAGCAAAAUUGAGAGCAAGAUUGAGAGCAAGAUUGAAAGCGAGACUGAGAACAAGUUUGAAAGCGAGAUUGAGAGCAAGAUUGAAAGCAAGAGCGUAAAACAAAAACGAGAGCAAGAGAGAAAGAAAGAGUGA